CAAGUGUCGCUGGGAGAUCUCCUUCGCCACACUCGCAGACUUUGCUUAGAUAAUCUAUGCCACAGAGCGAACUCUUGUCAGCAUUCUCGAGCAACCAAAGAGCACGAGAGCGAUCGAUCGAUUGUUUACAUUGUCUGCUAAGCGGGAAAAGCGAGAGAGUUACACUCGAUCGAGAGCGAAUUGCUUGCGAGGGGUGGAGCAUCCGGAUGCUCGUGGACAGCGAGAUCGCCAAGGCGAGACCACGCUCGCGAGGAUAUAAUUCGCAUAUGAGGAACAGCUAUACCGCGGGGUUUAUCAAAUCGCGAUUUGAUAAUCAAUCAAUCACCCUCUCGUGUGGUGCAAAUAACUUACGCAUAGAUCAUCCUCUAGAUCCACCCCGCAAGGGAGAUCUGCAGCGAGGAGAGAGCGAUUAGAGGAAUAUUUAUGCGAGCCUUUCACUUUCGUGAUUGUUGGUGAAGCAUUGUCAAGAGAGGGUCCAUGGCAAAGCUUAAACAAUGGAAAAAGAAGAAUGUGGCUAAUCAAGCUCUUGGGCCGCGUAGCUAGAGCGGAGAGGAGCGAGAGCUACAAAACCUGGAGAAGGAAGAAGCGCUGCGCAGGAUUGGAUUGGAGGAGCGCAGGAUUUGCUCCGCGUUUUCUACGAGUUAUUUCUUUGAUUCUUUCUUCACCGCGCCGCGCCUCUCUCUCUCUCUCUCUCUCUCUCUCUCUCUCCCCGGGAGCGCGAGAGAGCUAGAGCAUGAUGGGCGAUUCCACAGGGCCGCCAGCGUCCGCGCAGAGCUGGGAAAUCCCCGAGGUUGCCGCGGAUUCCAGCUUCGCGGAUGGUGUGGCGUCGCGGGAUGUCAAGCUCGGCGGUGGCGAUGGUCGUGUGUGGGUCAGGCUCUAUCUCCCCGCGGCGGCGCUCCAGAUCAAUUCCAAGCGCAAGCUCCCCAUUGUGGUCCAUGUCCACGGCGGAGGAUUCGUCCGAUUCAGCGCCGCCACGUCCUCGUACCACGAUUUCUGCAAGAAGGUAGCCACUGAUGCCACUGCUCUUGUUGUCUCGCUCAACCACAGAUUGGCGCCGGCCUCGUGCCUCCCCGCCGCCUACCAAGACCUCGUCUCGGCGCUCCACUGGCUCCGAGCCCAAGCUCUUCUCUCCACCAGCGAUGGCGAUGGUGGCGAUGCUGCCAGCGCUACUGUGGAUGGCAAUGGUGAUAGUCAUGAUCACCACCACCAGAUCACGAGCUUGCGCGAUGGUGGCGACCACCAUCUUCCUCAAAGGGAUCCCUGGCUAGCCUCGUAUGCCGACUUCUCCAGCUUGAUCUUCAUGGGCGGAAGCUCUGGCGGCAACAUCGUCCACAACGCGCUCCUCAUGGUGCUCGAGUCGUCCAAGAGCAAGCGCGCGCUCCUCCCUCCUCUCAGCUUCGCCGCCCAGAUCCUCCUCCAGCCAUUCUUUGGUGGCGCGCACAGGACCGCCUCGGAGCUCCGCCUCUCCGACGGCCCCAUCCUCACGCUCGCCAUGAGCGACCAGCUGUGGAGCCUUGCGCUCCCGGAUGGCGCGUCGCGCGACCAUCCCUUCUGCGAUCCUCUCGCGGCCGCGCAGCCGCUGCCAUGCAAUCUCCCGCCGGCGCUGGUGAUCGUGGGCGGGCGAGACUUGCUCCACGACCGCCAGGUCGCCUACGCGGAUUUCCUGCGCAAGAGCGGCGUGGAGGUGAAGCUCGUGGAGUAUCCUGACGCGACGCAUGGAUUCGUCACGCCCGAUGGAACCGUGAGCUACGUGUUCAUGCCCGAGGUGCUCCAAUUCAUCCGCUCCAGCGCCAUCGCUCCCCGAGCGUCGCCAGCUUUGACAUGAUCGCGAUGGUAUAUUUAUAUAUGUGGCUCCUCGCCAAGCUUCCCUUUCUCGACAGUACGUGAUGGUGAUGAACUGCCUCUUUCCUCGCCGAUCGCAUCGCCCAUCACUGUGAGGAUCCAAGAACAAAAAAGAAAGCUGGGUGCUGCUCAUGAUAAAACGAUUGAUCGUAGUACUAGUGGGACUUUGCGUUUGUAAAUAAAAAUGGAGGCUUUUCUUUUCUUC